AUGACAGUGUGGAAUGAGAAGAAGCAGAAGUAUGGUGCUGAUGAAUAUUCCCUCUCCGUAAUCUCAGCCCUACGUGUAAUUGGUUGUGCUAUCUACCUUUUGGUCCACCAACCGAUGAUCAUCUCUACUCGAGGAAUCUGGUCUCCUCAGUCCGCCAGGGCUGUUAUUGGACUGGGACUUCCCAAGGUCGCAGUCAGUGACUUGUGUUUGCUUGCCAUUAUGGGCUCUCUGAGUACUUGCAACACUUUUAUGUGUGGCAUAUGGCGUCGAUGUAUCACUGUAGAUAGCGAUGAUGAUGAUGCUUCGGAUGAUGAUGAUGAUGAUGAUGAUGAUGAUGAUGAUAAUGAUGAGGAUGAUGAUGAUGAUAAUGAUGAUGAUGAUGAUGAUGAUGAUGAUGAUGAUGAAGGUGAUGAAUCGAAUCAAACACUUUUUCUCCUGGCACUAGGUUGGUCAAUGGUUAGAGGUCUGAUGAACACAGUCUCCUGGCCCUCCAGGUUGGGGGUUGGAACAUGUGGCGACUUGUCCCGUAGAAAUGGUAAUGCAUUUGCAUUUCCCGCCAAACACCGCUGCCUUGCGGUUAGGCUUUUGAGCCAAAGGCUUUGGUUGAGGACCCUAAUCGUCCUCCUGUCUAGGUGUGGGCGCCCUGGCAGUAUCCCAGCCCUCGUACAACCAUGCCCUACACAACUAACAAUAUUUUCAUGCCCCAUCGGCCGUCGCGUGGUGCCAUCAGCCGGGUCGCCUUACUUGCUGCAUACAGAAAGCCGUUACCGAUGGCGUGGGUCCAUAACUGACUGCCGGUCGUUUUGGAACACAUUUUUGGACUCUGACCACGCGCUCGUCCGGAGUCGUUUCGCCCUACGUUUCCCGGGGCAGCGUAAGGUGCGAACAAAUCGCAUGGCAACUGAAAGGCUGGCAGACCCGGAUGUCAGACGAACUUACAAGAAUCGUCUUCUAGAGUCUCUUCCAAAUGCCCCACCAUCAGAUGUGAACUCAUACUGGGACGAGGUUGCCACCUCUUUGCAUAGUGCUGGGAAUUUUGCCUGUGGCACGACCCGACCAGGCGCACUCAAGCACUGGAUAUCAGACAUGUGUUACGUAUGCCGAACCAUCGUUCGCCGAAGAGAGUGCUGUUUUCCAUGCCCAAUUCGGAGUGGCGUAAACAGAGAAGUGGCCAACCCUUGA